CCUCCUCACCCCGCCCCACAUAUAUAUAUAUAUAUAUGUAUAUAUAUAUCUUCUCGGCUCCUUGGUUUUUCACCAAAAACCAAAAUAAGCUUAGACCUUUUAGACCGCCAAAUAAGAAAGGAAAUCGACGACGAUAUAAAAAUUUCCCAAAGAAAAGGCUUUUGGCGACGAUGCUGUUGUCGCAGGACGUACAGCAACCUCAGGACAAUAACGAACCGUUAUGGAAUCAAUUGCCUUAUCCCGGGAUCCGAGGUUACGAGGCGAGCAGAAGUCAGAGGCGGAAAGAUUCGAAGGACGCGGGUUCGAAGUACGCUUGCAACAGGUGCGGGAAAACUUACAAGGCGACCACGUCUCUGAGCCGUCACAAACGGCUCGAGUGCGGUGUCAUACCUUGCGAAGUUUGCCCGAUAUGCGAUCGAAGAUUCAAGCAUCGUUUCGUGUUGAACUCGCACAUCGUCGGGUGCCAGAGAAAAUUGCGGCACAUCAUACAGAAAAACGACGACUCGCCUGUAUUCACCGAGGAACGGGAGUGAGAAUCAGUUCGUUUCACGAGAUUAUAUGUUUACGCGAGAUGCGAUCGAUGCGCCGAAAGUAUUUUUUUUUUUUAUUCUUGAAACAUUCGAGUUCGCAAUUGUACGAGUCUUUUUAAUUUUGAGCGUCAAAUUUUUAUUUUUUUUUAUUUUUUAUAUUUCGCGGCACUCGCGUUGUUGCACUCUCUUUGCUGUUUCUCUCCGAAUAAUAAAUCCGUAUGUUUUAGAAUGCGUGUUAGAUUUUUAAAAAGUUUUAAAUAAUUUUCACGUUACAUCGUUUCUCUAACGUUUCGAGGAAUUUCGUAUCGAGCGAGCUAUUCAUUUGUAAGAUAGAUUUAUAAGGGUGUGCGAAUAUAUAUAUAUAUAUAUGUGUACGUAUAUAUAUGCAUUCGGGAUAGAUCGUGAAACUUCGGCCGAGGUCGGGCGGGACUCGUGACGAUUCGGCUCCUCGGUUUGCCUUCGUGCGAGCUCGUUAAAAAUAGGACGAGUCCGCAGGAUUUUUGCACGCGUUACGUGAGAUCUCAAUCAAUUUUACUCGAACGAAUUCCGACUCUCGACGUUUUUUUUCCCAAAAGCUCGAAUUAUCGCCCGACGAUCCGAACCACAUCCCUAUAAAUUUAUCGUCAAUCAUGCACAUAAUACAUAACGCAUUUUUAAUACUUAGUGACGAGUGUAAUGUGGAAUGUAUGAAAGUGAGGAAAAGUGUUUGUCGACAAUGCGUAUUAACUCGCAACGUUAACUCGUUCAUUACAUUCCGCAUACUUUUGUUUCGAAUGAAACGUUUCGAUACCAAAAAGAAAAAAAAAGAAAAAAAAGUUUUUGACCAUAACGCUUUAUAUCUCACCGUUUUAUAUGUAUCGAUGAAUAAAAAAA